CAAUCCUUAGUCAAUUUCCAACUGGGUGUUAGUACCUGCAAAGCGGCACUGACUACACUUCUUCUGUCACCCAUUGUUCUUCGACAUCAAGCUCGCCGCCAUGUGGAUGUCAUGCCAGUCUGUGUGCGGUCGGUCGUGCUUCUCGCCCACGCGCGAGGGGCUAAUCGCCGUGCCGUCCGACCUCUCCGAUUCCUCCACCUCCACCUCGCCGGACCAUGACCUUCGCGUCGCCUCUGACCCUCCCACGCUCUCGGAUCUCCGCUCCUCGUUCCCUCUGGAGCCACAGCGCAUGCAGCGCGACGAUUCGUCCGCCAGCGACGCUCUGAAUCCGCCACACGGCGCGCGAGGGGAAGCAACCGUGGCGGUAGCAUUCGCCAGGGACGCGGCUGCGGCGCCGCCGUCGGCUGAUGGCGCGCCUUCCUCCCCGGGCCCGCUCGCGUUCCGCCGGGUGGUGGAGGGCGGCGACGCGGCAGGCGGUAGAUUCCCCCUGGACGACCUCCCCGACUCGCUGCUGAGCGACGUGCUGCGGCACUUAAAGCCCGUCGACGUGCUGCGCGUGGCGCUCGUCUCGCGCGCAUUCCGCGAUGCCGCUGCCUCCGAAUCUGUGUGGGACAACAGGCUGCCCGAGAGCCUGUCGCAGCUUGUACCACAGCCAGACCCUUGCCGCGUUUCUUCCCGCCUGGCCUUCAGGGCGCUGUGCGAGGGCGUGCACGUAGACGACGGCCGGCAGCGCCUGUCGCUGCACCCUGGCACGGGCUCCGUGUGCGUGUGCGUGUCAGUGGCGCUGGCAGCGCGCUCCAUGCAGGUGGACAUCCGGCGCGGCGGCAUGCUGCGCGACUGGCAGCGCAUGAGCGACGAGCCGUGCGCCUUCUUCCACACGUCCGUCCUGCUGCGCCCUCUUGGUGGCUACCGCCUGACCUCCACUCAACACGGCAUCGCUCUGCCCCGCCAGCUGCCCGCAGGGCGGUAUGCCGUGGGAUGGCGGGUGAGGGCACAGCACGUGGCGCCCAACCUGCUCUUCCACUGCGACUCCGCCUUCUCUCUCAACGACAGCUCUGCCAUCUCGCGCCGCCACUGCCAACCACUGGCUCCCACGUGGCAGGUCCUUAGUGUGGGUGACAUCCUCAUGCCAUCUGCUGCCGAGCAACCUGGCACCACCAACCCCGGUGCGGUGCUGACAGCUGAGCUGGAGCAGCUGCAAGGAAAGGGAUCCCAGCCGCCUGUGGUGGUAGACUGCAUCGUCUUGCAGCAACGCACAGGCUGACUCUCCCCCCCACACUGUUUUUUGCAUCUCUCCAUGGGCAAAUGGAACAUGUGCCAUGCGAGACCGGCACAGUGCUGGCAUCAUGGGGUGGGGACCCUGUAAAUCUUUCUGCUUAGACCCUAAAGCCUCCACUCCCUGCUGCCCCUGCCGAUGGCUUGAUGGUGAUGGAGCGAGCGUGAGAAGUUAAUAGCUAUUUGUGAGCGUGUCAUACGGUAGACCUCCCUUCUGUUGCUAGACUUUUUUAGAUUUCCACAGGAAGUCUUCUUGCACCCUUUUUUCUGUACGCAAAGCAAACUACCUAAUGC